UCUAGCGCGGAAAGGCCCGGACUUCCUGGAGGCGGCAAAUCCGGAGGAGCCGCUGUCGCCUUCAUGCUGCCCGCGGACUGCUCGCGCCGGCUGGUGGCCGAGCUGCGGGACGCCCUGGACGCCUGCGCUGAGCGACAGAGGCAGCUGGAGCGGAGCCUGCGCGUCUCCCGCCGGCUGCUGCGGACCUGGGAACCAGCCGAGACCCCGGCUCCGCAGCCAACCCCAGCGUCAGAAACCAGUGGAGAGGCCCCGUCUCCGGAAUCCACACCCAGCCCUCAAGACCUCAAGGAGCUGGAGCUUCUGACCCAGGCACUGGAGAAGGCUGUACGGGUGAGAAAAGGCAUCUCUAAGACUGGAGAGAGACACAAGGCCCUCAGCCUGAAGUCUGGGUCCGCUGCCACUUCUGCCACCACAGCCUCUGCCCCGUCCCGGGCCUCCGGCCAGGCUAGCUGUCGAGUCUCAGAGACAAAACCCCCCAGGGGCAUCCAGCAGACUGUGGUGCCUGCUAGGGGCCUCCCUGAGUGCAGGCUCCUGUCAGUGGGGGAUCGCACCCGUAUGGGGAGAGGAUCCCGAGCCACCAAGCCUGGACCAGGCCCCAGGGACCAACAGAUACCCCCAUCGGCUGCUCUUCAAGCCCCAGAAGCUUUCACACUGAAGGAGAAGGGGGCAGACGUGGACUGCUGGCUCCCACAGCCACUCUGGAAGCCCUGUUCGGGGCUUGAGGGGGGCAGCCCCCAGAGCGCGGCUUCUCUGAGCACUGGCUUUCCUGACAGGAUCCUGCUGCGGCUACCCAUGGCCUACAGGAAAGCGGCUUCCCGGAACUCCCGCCUGUGGGCCCAGCUCAGCUCUACACAGACCAGUGACUCCGUGGAUGCCGCUGCCACCGCCAAAACCCAGUUCCUCCAGAAAAUGCAGAUGACUUCCGGCGGGCCCGGCUCUGGGCUCAGUGCUGCAGCAGUGGAGGCCGAGGUGGGGCUCCUGCGGACGGCCUGUUCGCUGCUGAGACGGCGAAUGGAGGAAGUGCUCUCGGCAGACCCUGCUGACUGCAUGCAGGAGUACCGCUGCCUGCUUACCCUGGAGGGGCUGCAGGCCAUCACGGAGCAGUGUCUCCACAGGCUGCAGGAGCUGCGUGCAGCAGUGGUGGGACAGCAGCUGGGGCCGUGGCCUGUGGGGAGACGCCCCGGAGCCUCACUGCCCUGCGGAGGAGGAACAGACCCUAUCUGGAGCCCCCAGCUUCUUCUCUACUCCAGCACCCAGGAGUUGCAGACUCUAGAGGCCCUGAGGCUUCGGGUGGCCAUGCUGGACCAGCAGAUCCACCUGGAAAAGGUCCUGAUGGCGGAACUCCUCCCCCUGGUGGGCACACAGAGGCCACACUGGCUAGCGCUUUGCCGAGCUGUGCACAGCCUGCUUUGCGAGGGAGGGGAGCGCUUCCUCACCGUCCUUCGAGAUGAACCUGCCGACUGAACCUUUCCCGUGGCCGGCUGCCACCCCCGAGCCCCGUUCCCAGGCCUCGGGACCCUGGCAUGAGGGUGACCUUGUUCGGACACUGAGACUCUUGGGAGACCACUCCCUGCCCCCCACUAGUUAACAAGGACUGAGAGGAUUUCCGAUGCAGAGAUGGUGUACCCACCCUGGUAAACCAGCUUUCCCAGGUGGGUUGAGGACAGUCCCCUGGCUCUUCCUGAGGAACCCAGGGCCCUUCUCACAGCAGCUAAAGCGAGUAGUCAGACCUCUGCUUGGCUUCGCCUUCCCCAGGCUGAGACCGGAGGCCUUUCUGGGGCUUUUUGUGGUACUCCUGUUUCUUCUCGCUUUAGAUCUAUAAGCCACUCGUGUGACAUUAACACUACUUUAGCAAGUACGUAUAUUGAAAUCACACUAAGAUGGGACUUGAUGCGUGUUUUUGCUCACCAAGACGCAUCAGGUGUAUUCACUGAGAACACGUACUGAAGGGAGGGAAAGGCCACUGAAGGCGAGCAGGACUGGGGACUUCUGCCAGCAUUGGCCCCAGCACACCUGAAACCCCUCCCUCCAAUCCCCUAGACUGUACUGGGCUCAUGGGAAAACACAAAAGCCACAAGCCUAUACCAGAGUGGGUGGGCACCGCGUGGCAUCUGUGCUCACCAACCCCACAGCUGUUGCUGUGGCCAGCGUGGGCACCCUCCCCCCUGCCUCCCCUGCUGAAGGAAUCCUUGCUUUGUGGAACAAAAAACAACUUACAGGUCGAGGUCACGACCUCUGGGUUUAAACCA